UACAUGAAUUACACACAUAAUGUCCUUAACCGUUGCAACAACCAACAACCUCACACACAUUAAUCGCUUGUUAAACCAAUCCAAUGUUAUAUCUCACUCUCACCUCAAACAAAUUCAUGCUCAAAUACUUCGCACCAUUCACGCCAAUCAUCCACAAUCCCUUUUUCUACGCACCAAACUUCUUCACCAUUACUCCUUCACAAAUCUCAACUACACUACACAUCUUUUUCAUCACUUUAACAACCCAAAUUCCUUCAUGUGGAACAUUCUCAUACGAACCUACGCUAAAACCACAAAUCAUAAAAAUCAUGCUAUUGUUCUUUACAAAGAAAUGAUGAUGGAACAAGAAAAUGAAGUUUUUCCUGAUAAACACACUUACCCAUUUGUUCUUAAAGCUUGUGCUUACUUGUUUGCGUUAUUUGAAGGGAAACAGGUUCAUGCACAUGUUUUGAAACUUGGGUUUGAGUUAGAUACUUAUAUUUGUAAUAGUUUGAUUCAUUUCUAUGCUUCUUGUGGGUGUUUGGAAAUUGCACAGAAAGUGUUUGAGAAAAUGCGUGAAAGGAGGAAUGAGGUUUCAUGGAAUGUAAUGAUUGAUUCUUAUGCUAAAGUUGGAGAGUAUGAUACUGUUUUGAAAAUGUUUUGUGAGAUGAUGAAGGUACAUGAACCUGAUUGUUACACAAUGCAGAGUGUUAUUAGUGCUUGUGCUGGUUUAGGUGCUCUUUCAUUGGGUAUGUGGGUUCAUGCUUAUGUUUUAAAAAAGUGUGACAAGAAUGUGGCUUGUAAUGUUUUGGUUAAUUCUUGUUUGGUUGAUAUGUAUUGCAAAUGUGGAUCUCUGAAAAUUGCUAAGCAGGUGUUUGAAGGAAUGUCAUAUAAAGAUGUGAAUUCAUGGAAUUCAAUAAUAUUGGGUUUUGCCAUGCAUGGCAAAGCUGAGGAAGCUUUGGAUUAUUUUGUCGGUAUGGCGAAGGUAGAAAAAUGUGUGCCUAAUUCUAUCACUUUUGUCGGUGUGUUGAGUGCGUGCAAUCAUAGUGGAAUGGUUAAUGAAGGGGUGAUGUAUUUUGAAAUGAUGACUAAGGAAUACAAUAUUGAACCAAGUUUGGUGCAUUAUGGAUGUCUUGUUGAUCUUUAUGCUAGAGCAGGAAAUAUCCAAGAGGCUUUAAAUGUGGUCUCAGAAAUGCCUAUGAAACCAGAUGCUGUAAUUUGGAGGAGUCUUUUAGAUACUUGUUGUAAGCAAAAUGCAAGUGUUGAGCUAAGCGAAGAAAUGGCAAAUCAUGUUUUUGAGUCUGAGGGUAGUGUUUGUGGCGGUGCUUAUGUGCUUAUGUCAAAAGUGUAUGCUUCGGCUAGUAGGUGGAAUGAUGUAGGUUUGGUCAGAAAGCUUAUGAAUGAUAAGGGUGUGAGUAAAGAGCCUGGUUGUAGUUUAAUAGAGAUAAAUGGUGUUGCUCAUGAAUUUUUUGCUGGGGACACCACUCAUCCACAGAGUAAAGAUAUAUAUAAGUUUAUGAAUGAUAUUGAGGAGAAGCUAGAAUCAAUAGGGUAUUUACCUGAUUAUUCAGGUGCACCUUUGAUUGAUGAGAUUAAUGAAGGGAAACAGAAUCUAUGUAUGAGGUUGCAUAGUGAGAGAUUGGCUAUAGCUUAUGGCAUUUUGAAUUCAAAACCAGGCAUGCCAAUAAGACUAUUUAAGAAUCUUAGAGUGUGUAAUGAUUGUCACAAGGUUACUAAAUUAAUAUCCAGAAUUUACAAUGUGGAGAUAAUUGUAAGAGAUCGUGUUCGAUUUCAUCACUUUAAAGAUGGGAGUUGUUCUUGUAUGGACUAUUGGUGAUAAAUGAUAAUCGUCUCUGGUAUCUGGUAACUUUAAAGUGUAUGGAAGAUACUUUUAACUCUCAAAUGAUUUCUUAAUGAAGUUUCUUCUGCAUUAAAAAUUAGAAGUAGACAUGACGAUUGUACACAUUCAUACAAGAGAAUGAUAACAGAAUCCGGUUUUUCUUUCAACUAAUUCACAGAACAACGAAUUUCACAAUACAGGAAUAGUAUACAUGGACAUGAAGGUGUAAAACACACUAUCAUUUAAAUGAAAUUAUAAACGGAAGGGGAGAAUGAGAUUGCAAACAAUUACAGCCACCUUAUCAUAAUUUUAAGGUUAAGGUUUCCACAUUCACAUUACAACUGCAAUUCACAGAGACAGCAACAACUUUCUGCAACUUUAUAAUUGCAAAACAAGCAAUAACAUCACAAGUUUUCAAUUACAACUGCGGCCACAAUCGCAGCGACUCUCUGCACAUUUUGUAACAGUAAACCAACUUCAAGUUAAAACCAAGUCAACAAUAACAAAGAAGUUCUAACUUAAAACGUGAAACAUUGAAAUCAAUUAGUUGAGCUUAUCUACUUGCAUACACACUUGUGAGACUGUU